GGGAGACCGGAUAUGGUGAAUGCAGGGUCCGGGGAGACCGGAUAUAGUGAAUGCAGGGUCCGGGGAGACCGGAUAUGGUGAAUGCAGGGUCCGGGGAGACCGGAUAUAGUGAAUGCAGGGUCCGGGGAGACCGGAUAUAGUGAAUGCAGGGUCCGGGGAGACCAGAUAUAGUGAAUGCAGGGUCCGGGGAGAGCGAACAUAGUGAAUGCAGGGGUCCGGGGAGACCAGAUAUAGUGAAUGCAGGGUCUGGGGAGAGCGGAUAUAGUGAAUACAGGGUCCAGGGAGACCAGAUAUAGUGAAUGCAGGGUCCGGGGAGACCAGAUAUAGUGAAUGCAGGGUCCGGGGAGAGCAGGUAUAGUGAAUGCAGGGUCCGGGGAGA